GGCUUGGGAAAUUCCGAUAACGACGUAAGUCUAUCUAGUGAAAUUGAAAAUGUAACUUCAACAAAAAUUGAUCAGUACGAUAGCUUGACUAAAAGAAUCAAAUUGCUGGAACAGAAAGAAAUGAGAGAGAAAAAGUAAAGAGCUGCUCGCCAAUGUCAUUUGUCAACAUCUGUGAUAUGGCAUCGUUAAUUGCGGAAAAAGCUCGACAAGCAGCAACAGAUGUUCCAAACGAUUCUCAAUGUCAAACAACAUGUCGACCAGGCAAGAAAGGCCCUGAAGGUGCAAAAGGUGAUAUCGGAUCACCAGGACAAAAUGGCGCCACGGGACGUCAGGGAGCUAAAGGAGAAAGUGGAACAUCAUGUGAUUGUUCAGGAUAUGAUGAGUUGGCACAAAAAGUUCAAAUCCUCGAAAAAGCUCGAGAAUUUCAACUGCUAGAAUAUGGUUGGUAUCGUGUUCACAGUUACCCAUAUUGGUACAAAUUGUUCGAAGUAUCCUCAGACUAUCAAACAGCCAGAAAAAACUGCGAACGCAUUGGAGGCCGAUUAGCACCAAAGGGUAUACGCAACCCAACUAUUCGUAGCGAUCUUCUCGACACGUUUAUCAGAAGAACAGGAACUUCGAUCUGGAUAGGACUUGACGACCUUGAGAACCAAAACAACUGGAAAUGGUCGGACGGAGUUUCAUCAACUUCUUCUAAUACACCGUGGAGUGAAGGAGAACCAAAUUGGCCAAAUGAAAGAUGUGCUUGCAUGUACAAGCCUUUCCAAUAUAAGUUGAUUGAUACCCUUUGUUACAUAAAAAGAUUCUACCUUUGUGAAAAGUAA